AUGGACCGCCGGCUACCAAACUCGCCUGCGCCCGAUGGACCGACGGACCGGACGCCUUGUCGAGGUCCAGACGCCGUCGGGUGGACUGACAAGGAACUCGACAAGCACAAUGAGCGUUGCGCCAACCUCGACCUUGAAAGCCAAGACAAGGUCACUCGUUGGAUGAGGGACCGAAUCGGUAUCCUUUACUGCGACCUGCUGCCGAACAUCCCCAGUGCCAUCUAUCCAAGUGACAAGCCCGGCAGCUACAUGCAUCUCUACCCCCACACCAUGCCCGAAAGCGAGACCCUGCCCAGUCCAACCACUCCUAGCAGAGCCUCCCCAUUCCGAUCUGGAUUUAGACGGCACCUAUCACCUGAGGAGCGAUAUCUCGACACCCUCGACCGCGAGAAGAGUUUCCACGGCUUACUAAUUAGGAAUGGAGGACGACCCUGGUAUCCCAUUGAGCGCAUCGAAGAGGUCUCGAGAAAACCGACAAAGCACGCCGAGGUUCUGAAGUUCUGGCAAGGGGAGUCGGAAGAGCCGAAACCGGAUGAUUGGGUAGUGUACGAGCGGCAAUGGGAAAGAUGGGAUCAAUUUCGUCGUCACCAGCUGAGCGUGAGGAGUCAACCGGAAACCUUCAGCGAGCAUUCUUCCAGGUGUCAGAAACGCUUGGCCAAGCACUCGUUCGCUGGGUCUCUUCGUCUUGAAAAGAAUCCAUCAGAUCAAACCGAGUUGUCUCAGUGGAUCGAGUAUCUGUGCUUUGAGUAUUUCGAGUACGAAAAGUUCCUCCGGCACAAGCAGUCACAUCAACAGUACAAGGAGGCUUGGAUGAAUCUCGUCAGCACCAAGGUAUUGAAGCCGGACGAGACCCAGGACGACAUCGAAGCCAACGAGUUUGCGGCCGCCUGUGAGAAGGAGAGGACAUCAUUGAGGCAAGCGGUGGAGGUUGCAAGAUCAAAUAUCUUGCUCGCAGAUCGGGACAUGCUGGACCCAAGUGUGAAAGGGCCUACUGCACAACGGAAAUUGUUCGAAGCCCAAGCGGAACUGGACUCGGCGAUCAAGGAAUUCGACGACUUUCAGAUUCGGAAAAGUAUGAUUGAAGAGUACAAGAAGGCGACGGCAACCUACCGGGAAGCCAGGAGCGGAGCAAAGCGCCACGAGAUACUACUGAGAUGGAUACGUGAUCAAAUACCUUUGAUCGAGAAGAAACUGGGAUUGCCAACAUCGACCGAGGAUGGGUUGGACCUUGACGGAGGCGACAACUGGAGCGAGGGGGAGGAUGCAGAUCACCCAUCUCUGCUGCCUGAACAACUGAGAGCAUCCCAAAGAGACGGGAAAAAGCGGACACGCCUCGAAGGUGAUCUGGGAGAGACUUCGGAGGAGGACGGCGGCAGCCCUCCCAAGCGGUCGAAACAGGACGGCGAGGAUUGA